AGUGCACUUUCCAGACGCGGAAGCGGUUUGCAGCUGUCAAACAGAUUUUUGUGAAUCAGAUUCAUCCCUCGUCCGACAAGAACAUAGCACUUCACCUUACUUUAAAAUGGACUCUCCACGCUGGUUGCCUCUGGAGUCGAACCCAGAAGUCAUGACAAAGUUUGUCAGUUGUUUGGGCAUGAAGCCAACCUGGCAGUUUGGGGAUGUGUAUGGACUGGAUCCAGAGCUUCUCAGCAUGGUACCAAGACCUGUGUGUGCAGUGCUGCUCCUCUUCCCCGUGACAGAGAAGUAUGAGGCGUUCAAGCAGGAAGAGGAGGAGAAACUCAAAGAUCAGCGACAGGACGUCUCUCCCGACGUCUACUUCAUGAAACAAACUAUUGGAAACGCUUGUGGAACAAUAGGAUUAAUUCACGCGGUGGCAAACAAUCAGUCACACCUGGAAUUCGACCCGGAUUCUCCUCUUAAGAAGUUUCUUGAAAAAACAUCUAAAAUGACCCCAGAGGAAAGGGCCACCUUCCUGGAAAAAGAUGAGAGUAUACGUGUCACACAUGAAUCCAGUGCACAGGAGGGACAGACAGAGGCCCCAAGUUUAGACGAGAAAGUGAACUUGCAUUUUAUAGCUUUUGUGAAUGUCGGUGGACACCUAUAUGAACUGGAUGGCCGGAAGCCUUUCCCUAUUGUGCAUGGAAAAACUUCAGAGGAUACUUUGCUUGAGGACGCUGUAGAGGUUUGUAAGGUCUUCAUGGCUCGUGAUCCUCAGGAGGUUCGUUUCACGAUCAUCGCCCUCUCCAAAGAUUAAUCCCGAGGAAACCCUGGCGUGACCCAAUAAAUUACUGCCAAACAUUCUUAAGUGCUGACUUUAUUGGAAAAUUAAAUUUUCUUUCAAAUUGCGGUUGCAAGUGAUGUGCAAAAACAAUAACAAAAUGUCAGGGAUGUCAUUCGCAAAUAAAGUUCCUCUCGUGUUCUACAUCAAAUGUAAUUCUAGGAGAAUUCGGGAGCUGCUGUGUGACUUAAAGUAUUUCUUGGUAGGAUUAAAAUCCUCCUGUUCCACACAGCUGCCAGCUGUAUUAGCGUCACUAUAAACUACACUAUGGCCUGUUUACAUGGUAUUUUUGGCUUCCAGUUUAGUAGAAAAUUUAACUUAUUUUUUGCUUCACUGAAGGGACUCAACUUCUUUUUUUAAACUGAGUUCAAAGACACAUACUGGAUGUUGUGAUUAGCUUUUGACGCAAGGCUAUAAUUUCAUUGACGGCUUUGAAAAAGUAAUACUGUUGUAUGCAGAAAUGUUGUGAAAUGCUUAUCAAAAAAAAACACAUCUCCUUUAAGUGAGGCAAGCAGAACAUGUAAACUGCACAUCCAUGUGGAAGGUGCCUACAUUUUUGUAAUGAGAAUUAGAGAUUCUGACGAAUAAAAGGCAAGUUUGUUAAACA